UCUUUCCCAGUCUUGAAUUGGUCAAGCACUCCAAGCUCAUCGAUCUUUUCUACGAACUAGUCUUCCACAAGUUUCAAAUUCGUCAUUCAAUCAAUCAUUUGAGCCUAUUACUUAAGCACUCAACGAUUUUUCAUCUUCAAAGCUAGCUAGCUCUUUCUUCGAUCGGCUCGACAAAAAUGCAAAGGAUUAAUCCUCAAAAACAAGCCGUACAAAAGCUACAAGCACCUGCGAGAACAUCAUCAUCAUCACCUCCUAGGCCACGGCCAGUUUGCACGUGUUCCAACCGUCCUGGGUCCGUCAGAUGUAUCAGCCACGGUUAUGCAGUGCCUGCAGGGGAGAAGUUGAGGCGGAAUAACGCAAGCAAAGAGGUCCUGAGGAGGGCGUUGACGCCACCAAUUCGUAGAUUCAGCCUCCGGUGGCUGAACUUCCGGCCAAAACCAAGUCGUCUCUCUAACAUGUCGGCGGCUUAAGUACUUAAACUUGAAGCCAUCCGAUCCAUAUAUCAUGAUAUUAUUGUAGAAAUUCGCCACACUAUGUGUACAGAAAACUACUUAUUUCUUUUAGAAUAAACUGCUUGGCUCAA